AUGGGUGAUCUCGACGCGAGGGGAACAUCAGCGCACCCGGAGCUCUCGGAGAGGCCAAGCAUCAUGCCCUCGAUGUCGGAUAUCCAGGACCCAAGCGGCGACGACAAGGCCACGCCCCGCGGCUCCGCCGCGGGGCUGCCGCAGCUCGAGCUGCCGCAGCUCGAGCUCGCCGGCCACGCCCGGCGCCUGGGCCAUUUGGAGAACUUCUUCGCCGUCCAGCACCGGCAGCAGAUCUAUUCCAGUUUCGCCGUGUUCUGCGAGUUCGACACCGCGUGCUCGCUCGCGCAGCUCGCGUCCGCUGUGCGAAACGUGUGUCUUUCGAACCCGCUGCUGCUGCACACCGUCGAGCCCAAACACCCGGACAUCGCCGGCUUCUACCACUCCGACGAAUAUCUGUCCCGACCCUGGCCCCAGCACGACUACAUGCGCGUUUUGCGCGAGGUCCACGUCGCCGACGUGGUGAUGAACGGCCAGAAAGAGCACGCGCAUGUCGUGCGCGACGCCGUCGACGUUUUCCAAGCGCAUGGAAACCAGGUCACCAGCGAGCUGCUCGAGCUCAUGACCCAGAUUGAGAUCCCGCACGCUUCCCAAACGAGACCCAGCUGGAGGUUGCUGUGUUUCCCACACGGCGAGGCCAACCGGUGGCGCACGUUUGCGUUUGUAUCCAAUCAUUGUUCCAGCGACGGUCUCUCGGGUCUGAACUUCUUUCGGGACCUGCAAAAGGAGCUCGCGCACGGCCCCACCUCGGGGGCCCCCGGGGCCCCCGGGGCCCCGGGGGCCUCCGGCGUCAUCUUCGACUACGCCCAGGACGCCGCAACACUGCCCAAACUGCCCCCACCCAUUGACCAAAAACUCGAUUACCGUCCGUCCAAGAAGGCCCUUUUGGGACUUUUGGCCGGCAAGUUCGUGCGUGAAAAACUCGGCUACGUAUCGGCCGCCCCGCCAACGACCCCGACCUCCGAUUUGGCGCACCCAGAAGGUCACCAAUACUACUGCUACCUUGUAAACGUACCGACAUCUAGUGUGGCCCACAUCAAAACGCAAGUGCGCGAAAAUGUCCCGCACAAAUGCACGCUGACGCCAUUCUUACAGGCAUGCUGGCUCGUGUCACUGUUCAAGUAUGGUCGCGUUUUUUCCGGCUCCUGGCUCGAACGAUACACGGACGUUCUCGUCGCUAUGAACACCCGGCAACUGUUGCCCGAAGAUUUGGAAUUGCAACGCCAGUACCGUUACGGUAGUAACGUGGGAGGGGUACGUUACAAUUAUCCAAUCGCACCGCUCGACGUCCGCGACAACGACCAGAAAUUCUGGUCCCUGGUGGAGAGUUACCGACUGGCCCUUAGCGACGCACGCGACAAAAAUGAUUACUUGUACGCAUUGGGUGCUCUAAUGCUUCCAGAGAUCUACGAAAAAAAAAACGUCGAUGCUGUGGUCAAUGACACAAUUCUGAACCAGCGUCGUUCCGGAACGUUGAUCAGUAACGUCGGCUACGUGCGCGAUGAACAGCCCACUGCGUUUGCAAUUAAGAAUCAUGUCUUUUCACAAGGCGUUGGCGCCAACAGAAACGCAUUUGUGCUUAACAUAUGUGCCACGGACCAAGGCGGCCUAAAUAUCGCCAUCAGUAUCGCCAAGGGAACCUUGGCGUCUCGUCAAGAAGGCCAAGAACUUUGCGACAUCUUUAAAUCAACGUUACUGCGAUUCUAA